AUGAGCAUAAGCGUCGUUCUCGGAGCGCAAUGGGGCGACGAGGGGAAGGGCAAGCUCGUUGACAUCCUCGCCGCCGACGCCGAUAUCUGCGCCCGUUGCGCAGGAGGGAACAACGCCGGUCAUACCAUCUUCGUGCCCAUGGGCGCGGAGAAGGCAUCCACGCACUUUGCUUUCCAUCUCCUGUCAAGCGAACAACCACCGGAAGGGCUGGUCAAUCCAAAUUGCACGGGUGUGAUUGGGUUCGGAGUCGUCGUGCAUCUGCCGUCAUUCUUCGAGGAGCUCGAUGCGCUACGGCUCAAGGUGAUUGGAUUGCACUGGACGGUCAUUGUCUCCGAUCGCGCACACCUCGUCUUCGACUUUCACAAGAUCGUUAACGAGUUGAAGGAGGUCGAACUGGGAGGCAUGAGCAUCGGAAUCACUAAGAGGGCAUCGGCAUCGCGUUCCGGUCUGCGUUUCCGCAAGGUCGUUGGAGGCCGAUUCAAGCGCUAUGGGCACUUCAUGUACGACACGGAGGGCGCGAUCGUUCGCUAUAAGGCCCUCGCCGAGCGGUUGCGGCCGUACGUUAUCGACGGCGUGACCUACAUCCACUGUACCUACCCGUACGUAACGUCUUCUGCGACCGCCGUCGGUGGCGUGUGCACUGGCCUCGGCAUUCCGCCCAAGAAGAUGGGCACCGUCAUCGGCGUCAUGAAGGCAUACACGACUCGCGUCAGAGGAGGGCUGUUCCCGACCGAGCAGCUGAACGAUAUCGACGUCCACCUGCAAGAAGUCGGUCGCGAGUUUGGCGUGACGACCGGCCGUCGGCGGCGUUGUGGAUGGCUCGAUCUAGUCGUCAUGAAGCAUUCCUACUUGAUCAACGGGUACGACAGCCUUAACCUGACCAAGCUCGAUAUCCUGGACGACCUCGAAGAGAUCAAGGUGGCCGUCAAGUACGUUGUAGAUAGAAAGGAACUCGAGGGCUUCCCAGGCAAUUCCGCCCCGCGUACUUCUCAUACGCGGGGUUGUAACUCGGCAAAGGACCUCUGUCGCGCUUGUAGCAGGCAGGGCACCACGGGGGUGGGUGGUGUACCGCGAGACCUACAGACUCCGGAGCCGGAGCUUGGCUCUUCGUGGCCGGGUUCGGGCCCCUUGUGCCGCAGCACUUUGGGGUCGAGUACGCCCAAAUGA